CAUGGAGACAAAGAAGCUUCCUAACCUAAUCUUGCGGAGUCAGCGGCAGUUCAGGGAUUUGUUAGCUCGACUCCAGAAAUGUGAGGGUUUAAAAUAAGUAAAUCCAUAACCUAGCACUUGGUAAAUCAACCUAUACACAAUUGAUCUAUCUGAAGAACUUGGUAUGAGCAUGGGAUACACCGAGUAUAUGGAUCCAAAAAGAGGAAAUGCACCACCAUAGGAAACCGGAGGUGGAGGAAGUGUACCUGCUGCAACCAAUCCGAGCAUACAAAUUAUUAUUUCAAACGGACCAAUAACCUCACAGUUCCAAAUCACUGAAUACCAUCAUUCACUUAAUUGAGGCUCCUCCACCCUCUUACCCUAAACUAGCUAGAUCUUAUUUAUUUGAUAAAAGUCACCUUGUCCGAGAGAGAUUUACAUGGUUAUGAAGGAGUCACGCCAGGGGGGUUUCUAAAAUCCUGUAUGGGAAAAAAUGUAACAAUUUUCCCUGUUUGACCGCUAGGUUUUAUGGGUAUUAUCACACCUCCACUGUGGGGCUCUAUAGCAGGUGCAGUGAAAAUCAUUCAUUUAAAUAUUUUAAUUGAACCUUUAUUUACCUAGGCAAGUCAGUUAAGAACAAGUUCUUAUUUACAAUGACGGCCUACCAAAAGGCCUCCUGCGGGGACAGGGGCUGGGAUUAAAAAAUUAUAAGUCAAAACACACAUCAUGACAAGAGACACCACAACACUACUAAAAGAGAGACCUAAGACAACAACACAGCAUGGUAACAACACCACAUGACAACAACAGGGUAGCUACACAACAUGGCAGAAGGACAAAACAUGGUAGAAACAUUGGGCACAGACAACAGCACAAAGGGCAAGAAGGUAGAGACAACAAUACAUCACACGAAGCAGCCACAACUGUCAGUAAGAGUGUCCAUGAUUGAGUCUUUGAAUGAAGAGAUGGAAAUAAAACUGUCCAGUUUGAGUGUUUUUUGCAGCUGCUGCAAACUGAAAAGAGGAGCGACCCAGGGAUGUGUGCACUUUGGGGACCUUUAACAGAAUGUGACUGGCAGAACGGGUGUUGUAUGUAGAGGAUGAGGGCUGCAGUAGGUAUCUCAGAUAGGGGGGAGUGAGGCCUAAGAGGGUUUUAUCAACCAGUGGUUCUUGCGAUGUGUAUACAGAGAUUACCAGGUUACAGAGGAUUAUACAGUGCGGUGAUGUGUCCUAUAAGGAGCAUUGGUGGCAAAUCUGAUGGCCGAAUGGUAAAGAACAUCUAGCUGCUUGAGAGCACCCUUACCUGCUGAUCUUUAAAUUACGUCUCCGUAAUCUAGCAUGGGUAGGAUGGUCAUCUGAAUCAGGGUUAUUUUGGCAGCUGGGGUGAAAGAGGAGUGAUUACGAUAGAGGAAACCAAGUCUAGAUUUAGCCUAAGCCUGCAGCUUUGGUAUGUGCUGAGAGAAGGACAGUGUACCGUCUAGCCAUACUCCCAAAUAUUUGUAUGAGGUGACUACCUCAACCUCUAAACCCUCAGAAGUAGUAAUCACACCGGUGGGGAGAGGGGCAUUCUUCUUACCAUACCACAUGACUUUUGUUUCAAAGGUGUUCAGAACAAGGUUACGGGUAGAGAAAGCUUGUUGGACACUAAGAAAGCUUUGUCGUAGAGCGUUUAACACAAAACCCGGGGAAGGGCCAGCUGAGUAGAAGACUAUCAUCUGCAUAUACAUGGAUGAGAGAGCUUCCUACUGCCUGAUAUGCUUACCUUACUAGCUCCUACAGUGCAGUAAAAUGUCUAGCGAAUACACAAAUAAUUAAAGAAAUCAAGACAUUUCAGAACGAGUCCAAUUAACAACCCAAGUAGAUACAUUCUAAAGAAAGCAGUGUUAGAAUCCAGAAUAUAAAUAUGUGUGUGAUGUGUAUAGAUGACAGUAUAUCAUUUGGAAAACAAAAUGGUAUAUACAAUGGGACUGUAACUGUAAGCGUUUUUGAACACCUGUAUCUGCCAUUUCCUUUUACAUAGUGGCGCAACCAAUACACAAGGUGGCGCAGAGCCCCUCUUACAUUCUUUGGGGAGAAACCUGCACAUUGAGUGAACAACACUAUGUGAAGUGAGAAGUGUUCAAUGUCUCUCUAUACAUGGGGCAUCAGUCUCAAGGUGCAGGGCAGGUAGCUGGCUAGGGUUGGCUGUUCAACAGUCUGAUUGAGAAGACUCAUGAGACCAUAGGCUUACUGGUAAAAAUGCACGAGGGGGUACUUCACGGGUACUCCAGGCAGGGCAAAAUUCAGUUGUUGGUACCGUAAUCGAAAAAGGUAGGGAGCCACAGAUGGGAGCAAAGUGAACAGACAGUGGCUUGGGUGGCGGAGGUCCCUAAUGAUUUUCUUGGCUUUCCUUUGACACUGAGUGCUGUAAAUGUCCUGGAGGGCAGGCAACGUGCCCCCGGUGAUACGUUGGGCUGACCGCACCACCCUCUGGAGAGACAUUCAUGCCGACGUAAUGUUCUCAAUGGGGAACCUGUAGAAGUUUGUGAGGGUCUCAGGGGCCAUGCUGAAUUUCUUCAGCCGCUUGCGCGGGUGUAGAAAAAUGCUUGUGUUUCUAGCUCCAACAGUGCAGUAAUAUCUAACAAGUACUAUCUAACAAUUUCACAACAAUACACACAAAUCCAAAGUAAAGGAAUGGAAUUAAAAAUAUAUACAUAUUUGGACGAGCAAUGUCGGAGCGGCGUAGAAUAGAAUACAGUAAAUACUUAUGAGAUGAGUAAUGCAAAAUAUGUAAACAUUAUUAAAGUGACCAGUGUUCCAUUAUUAAAGUGGCCAGUUAUUUCAAGUCUAUGUAUAUAGGGCAGCAGCCUCUAAGGUGCUACAGCAUUGUCACAUAGGUAUUCCACUUGUCCAGGUGGGAUAGGGAGGUGUGCAGUGCCACAGCAAUUGCGUUGUCUGUGGAUCUGUUGGGGCAGUAUGCAAAUUGUAGUGUGUCUAGGGUUUCGUGUAAGGUGGAGGUGAUAUGGUCCUUGACUAGCCUCUCAAAGGACUUCAUGAUGACAGAUGUGAAUGCUACUGGGCGAUAGUCAUUUAGUUAAUUUACCUUAGCUUGCUUGGGUACGGGAACAAUGGUGGACCUCUUGAAGCAGGUGGGGACACCAGACUAGGAUAGGAAGAGGUUGAAUAUUACAUUACUCCUCUCACUGACUGCUAAGCACUCCUUUAACCAAUGUUAAUUAACAUUGACUAGCUAACAAACUAAUUCACUUUUAGGUAAUGCAUCGCCUGGCCCAGGCCACAGUCUGACUGGACCACCCAGAGGACAGAUGAGUUUAAAAAGCAGCCCGUUCUGCCCUCGGUCGUCGAGCAGACUAACUCAGUGCAUUAUUCAAGACCAUAUGGUGUCCCAUUAUAAAAAGGUAUAUUCAGCUAAAGCUGCCAUUGAUUCAUCAGUACCCAAAAGUAUGCUAAGCAGUGUAAAAUACAAUGACCAGUUACGGCGGGAGCAGUUGAGGAAAGAUGCGUCCAGGUCUGAUAGACGGCCUCAGUCAGCUGGUUCACACUCGCAGAGGAGCAGCAGAGCCAACACCAAAGCCUCCUGCCCAUCACAAAAUACGCAAAGUGGAGCAGGUCAAGAAAGUGCCUAUUUCUACCUGGGAAGCUCAAUGAUUUCUACUCCAAGAAUCAACACCUCCUUUCACGCCAAGCAAAUAGUUUACCCGUCCCAAAUGGUCGGAGGGUCUGGGAGCCCCCCGCACUUCUUCCACUGUGCAUCAGAGUACAGCUAUAGGAGCCCAAACUCCCAGAGGCAGCAGCCAGCCCGCUCCACCACAGGUACCCAGAGUGGCUACAAGGCCUUUCAGGACCCUGUCCAGAAGACCUACAGUGGGGACCUGAUUCAGAAACACGCCCACCGCUUCACCCAGGACAAGCCCUUCACUCCCAGGACUCUGAAGUCAGACAGCAGGUCCUAUCUGUCUCAGUAUCGCUACUACACACCUCCUCGCGGUAAACCAGCCCAGGGCCAGGAGAGGACCAUCCCCAGGCUGACACGGCAGGAGACCUAUCAUGAAAGCACACGAACCAAGGAAUGCUCAUCGGCUGAAUGGGAUGAUCAACCCCUGGGACAUGGUACAGAGCAUGAGUGGUCGGAUGCAGACGAUGAGUCCCAUACACUGAAUCUGUCAGCAUUUGGACAACGAAGCAAGGGAAACAAGAGCGUAAGCAGCGAUCACUUCCAUCCCUCAUUCAGGGUUUCACCAGAAGGAAUGACAUCUCCGAUCAUGAAGAGGGUGUCUGCAGAGGAGGAAGAAUUUAUGUACCUUGAAUUUAUUGCCGAUGUAACAAAUGAAAUCUUGUCCAGGGGCCUGUACUCUGACAGGGUCUUAGAGCGGGUGUUUGAACGUCACGUUGACAAGAAUAAACAUCUAUUGGAUGAGGACAAAAUGUGCCACCUUCUGGAGACUCUGCGCAAUGACUUGCAAAGUCCAGCCAACACACCUACCUUUAGUGCAGAGCCUAAGAAUGGUGAGGAGACAGAGCUUGACCUUCUUCAUAGUCAUCUACAGGGUCUGGAGUCUCUGGACAGAGGAGCACUAUCAGAAACCAAAGAGGACAAUGACCUUUUUCCCUAUGCAUUGUUUAACCAGGACAGUGGUGGGCUGGAGAAUGUUGUUCCAUUGUCAGUGUCCACACCGUUAUAUGGUAGCCCUCCUAAGAGGACUGACUCUGACAGUCUGCCUGUUGGUUCACCUGAUGCUGAUGGAGGUGCAGAGGGCCUGGAUGAGCACAAUCAUGACAGGGAAAAUGACUUUCCUCCUUCACUUGGUGAAAAUACCCCUCUGACCCUUGAGGAGGACCACAAUCAAAACCUAGAAGACAAUUAUGGUGGACUAUCCAAAGACCUGGAAGAUCUCGAGAGAAAUCUGUCCGAGUCAUUGCAUGUUUCCAAUGCACCUAAUUCCGCAGGGCCAGUAGUCACUGAGAAUAUAAACACAGUAGCCUCUUUCAGUGAUGAUGAGUUCUGAUUUUAUGAGUAUUUUAGGGAUGAGUUUUGUGAAGUUUGUAGUCAAAGGAGACUAUUUUCGAUAACAACAAUUUGAUAUAGGUUUUUGCAUCUUAAAUGUGUUUUAUAAAUGGGAGCUGAUAGGUAUAUUUCAUACUUUUUGCCUAUUCCUGUUCUGGGCACCAUUGCCAUGUGUAUUUCCAGUACAAAGUAUUGACCAAUAUAUAUAUUUGGAUUAUUGUUACACAAUGAUGAGAAGGAACUAGACCGUAUAUUCAUAUUUUACAGCAACCUGACAUGAAGUAAUUAAACUGACAGUUCACAAAUGAGUGCAAUAUGAGCAGAACUAUAGAUUUGCAGUGAUGGUGCUGAAUAAGGUAAAUCAAGCAGGGAGGCAGCUGUCCCAUUUCUGUACUUGGCAUUCCGGCUGUAUGAUGUCAUGGCCUCAAUCUGCCGUGUAUUACGCUAUUGUUGAGGAACUACUCAAACUUUUAUAAGGAAUACAGCCGAUUAAACCAUUGUUAGUGGAUCUGA